AUGUUUUGCCGAAGAGCGCUAGCUCUUUAUUCACCUGCUAGGCUUCGAGUAUUUCAAUUUCUUACCAUUAGGAGCUAUGCUGUUAUAUCUCUGCGACCAUACCAACAGGAAUGCAUUGACAAAUGCGUGGAAUCGAUAAAUCGAGGCCAGAAGCGAAUCGGCGUAUCACUUGCCACUGGAAGCGGCAAAACUGUGAUAUUUUCCAGCUUAAUCAACCAGCUGCGCAGUGCUUCUGGGCACGUCAAAUACCGGGCUUUGGUUCUGGUGCACAGACGAGAAUUGGCCUUACAAGCAUGUAAAGUGCUGAAGACACUUUUCCCACAUUUGGAUGUACAAGUCGAAAUGGGCCGUGCUCACUGCAAUAUCGAGUCGGCCGAUGUGAUUGUGGCAUCCGUUCAGUCCUUGAUACGAAGAUUGGAUCGCUACGAUCUGAAAGACAUCGAUCUUAUGAUCAUCGACGAAGCACACCAUGCAGCUGCCAAUUCGUAUCAACAAAUUCUAAAACACUUUGGCGCCGCUGACAAGACUAGUCCAAUACCAGUGAUUGGCUUUAGUGCCACGUUUGAGAGGGCCGACAAUAAAGCACUUUCCUCUGUCAUGGACGAGAUUGUAUAUCACCGGGGCAUUAUAGAAAUGAUCGACGAUAAGUGGCUAUGUGAGGGCCGUUUUACUACCGUGGACGUAAGGUUGGAUCUCAAAGACGUUUCAACCACGGCGGGCGAUUUCAAUUUAGAUGGGCUGUCGCGGGUUGUGAAUACUAGGGAAAUAAACAAAGUAGUGCUUCACACUUACCUGCAAAAAAAACGGGACCACAAGCUCAAAUCCACGCUGCUGUUUGGAUGCGACAUUAAACAUAUAGAGACUUUGCAAGAGCUGUUUCAAAACAAUAAUAUCAAUGCACAAUUUGUGACAGCUCAAACCCGACAAACCGAACGAGACUCCAUCGUCGAAGACUUUAAAAAUGGUCGCAUAGAGGUUCUCAUGAACUGUGGGAUCUUUACGGAAGGAACAGACUUGCCCAAUGUGGACAGUGUGUUUCUUUGUAGGCCCACUCGAUCAAGGUCUUUACUGGUGCAGAUGAUCGGCCGAGGACUGCGUCUUCACCAUACAAAGGAUUUCUGUCACAUUGUUGACUUUGUUGGUGCUUCAAAUGUUGGUGUGGUGUCGUUUCCAACUCUUGCUGGGAUCGAUGGUACUAACGUUGACCUCGACGAGGCUACGAUGCUAGACUUGGAAAAGAUCAAAGAGGAAAUGAUUCUAAAACAGCGAGAAGCCGAGCUUCAACAGCAGAAGGAACACGAGAACGAGUUGCUGAUUCACCAAAAAUUCCAAGAACUCCUGAAAAAUUCCAGUGCCUUUGAUCUGACGCUCACUACAUUCGAGGAUUUUCUGUCAUUUCACAAACAAACAGCUAUGAUCGGUGACCAGCAAGCUCUUAAUUAUAACUCAGAGCUCGGAAGAGAAAUGAAAUAUCUGCGAGAAUCUACAUACCCGUGGGUCCGUUUUGCCAACGAUGGGUGGGCGAUGCCACUCGACAUGGGACACCAUUUGCGCAUCUAUAAGGAAACUGGCAAAACUGAAGCCCAUACAAUGUACACCUUGAAACUGUACACGGAGUUUCCAUACAAAGUUCGGCAAGAAUUGGGGAUGCGCUACAAGCCGCAGAAUGUGAAGAAAGCUCACGAUCUUGGCGUCGUUGCUGCGGCAGUUGACAAAAUCGUGCAGGAACUGAAGAUGAGUCCUGAAAUGUCUGGUAAAAAGUACCGAAAAUACGCCCCAUGGAGACUCGCACCUGCAACGCCGAAGCAGCAAGCGUUAAUCAAGACCAAGAUUUUGAACGUGUUGUCCAAAGUUGGAUCUAAGAAGGCGCCCGUCCUUUCAAAAUCACAAAUCGAUAUAUACCUUGCAAAUUUGACCAAGGGAGAAGCGUCCAACCUUUUAUUUGCCACUAAUUUGGCGCCGAUUUAUCCCAUUAAGGCACUCUGCAGGACAGUGUCAUACAAAUUCACGUAA